GAUAGAGAAAAAAAUUCCCCUUGAACAACGUUACAAGGCCCUCUUAAAAUUCGAGAAUUCCAACUUUAAGUAAAAACAAUUUGUCAGAAGCUAAAUCUACAGUUAAAAAUGACAAUUCUUACAAAAUCAACUGAUAAAAAGAAGUUACUACCCAUACCAACAGCUCCAAUUGCACCUGCUUCAUCGAUUUCUCAAUUAAGCGAUGCAGAAGCUGCAAGAAUCAUUCAUGCACGCCAUCGUGCACGCGCUACUACAUUGUUAGUAUUUUUGAUGGCAGUCUUGGUACUUUUGAUGGGUGUUUUGGCAGGUGUCUGCUUCUAUCGUCAAUAUUUACGAGAAAAAGUUCAGCGACUCGAAUGCUUAAUCCCUUACUCUAACGAUGUUGGUCGUGAAGAAAACUUCUGGGUUAAUACACGAUGGAGAGAUGGGGCAUUUUCUGAUUCGUUGAAAAUGGAUAAAAAUGAAGAUGACAUCACAAACGAGGAAGCUGCAAGUUUGAAAAACAUGCUGAGCUCAAUGUUGGAAGAAUUUCAACGAGAUUUCAACAAUCCAAUGAAAGAAAUGCGCGACUGGCAGACAGAUUUCAGUGAUAUUAAUGAUGACACAGUUCAGAAGAAAUGGUUCAAGGAAGAACUUGAAAUCAAAGAUGAUAACAGUGACAGUUAUGCAGAUAUCACAAUUCCAGAUUUUCGUGAUGGUCGUAAAGGUCGUUUCAUUCAUGAUUACAAAAAUAAUCAGACGACAAUUGUUGACGGAGAUGCAAAUCGUUGCUUCAUUUAUCCCCUUGACUACGAAGUCACUUUACCUCCACGAUCAAUGGCUGAUGUUUUCAUAAAAAUGCAAACCGGAUAUUACUUCCCCGACACAAAUGUAUUACGAAAGAAAAUGCGUGUAGUAGUCCCAGAACUCGACCAUGAAGAUGAUUACAUUUCACUAAGGACCUUAGACAUUUGCAACGAAAUGAAAAUCUACCGUUUGGAGCCAUUUGUAAGUGGAGUUUUCAAACGAUCAAUCGCUGACAAACUUGGGGAUCAUGCAAGUUUUGCUGAAUAUGCAGGCAAACAAAUAGUCACUUAUGACUUUAUGAAUUUAAAUGAGGUUGAACAAUAUGAAAAUGGCAAGAUAGCUAAAUAAUCAUUUUUUUUCGAAAAUUUCUCGCCAUUCCUUGUCGUUUCUCGAAAUAUACCAUUAUAAAUGUUAAAAGCAUUCAACUGACUAAGUUUUUUGCACAUAAAUUUUGAAUUUGAUUCUCCUACUUUUUUGAGUAUCUAAAAAUUCAGCUAAAUUAGAACCACACUAAAAUUGUCGCUUAACUAGAGCCACAAAUUUUAUGUAUAACUUUCUCCGUUUUCAGAGCUGAGUCAGCUAACAUGAAAGAACAUGUGGAAACAUUGAAUAAGAUAAAAAUGUCUUUGCAACUGUAAUCUCUGAAACCAAAGAAAAUUAAACGAAAAGCUAAUGGUUCUACCUAGCGAGGAUUUCAGCUUGGUUCUUAUUUAGCUAAGUACGUUAAUUUUCAUGAAAUAUCAAGUAUUGAUUGUUAAAUCUAAAGAAGCAUGAAAGUAAAUGAGAAGAAAAAAAAGCAAUCAAAUUAUGAUUUUUUAAUGGACAAUGCAUAUGAAGAAUAUGUAAAUCAAUUUAUUUAUUUGUAUCUGGGAAAUCGAGGACAUUAGUUGUCAAGAUAAAUAAUAUAUUUUCAAUGAAGUAUCUAAGAUACAAGCAGAUGGAUAAAUAAAAUAAACUUGAUUUAAAUAACUUGGUUUUUUUACUGUAUGGUUUGGAAUGUUGAUUAUUUAUCGAUAAAAAAAUACCUAGC